AUGAAUCCGGAUGAGGACGGAGGCGAAUCACCUUGUAAAGUAGACGUUGAGUACGAAUGGCUACCACAGAAGUGCAACAGUUGUAUGACAUUGGGACACUCUGCUAAAGAUUGUGUUCUCAACAAACCAAAACCAGUUAAACCACCGAUCGCGGUAUAUGUACCCAAAGUGGGGAUGCUGCAAGAACCAACAAGGCCUGAACGGAAUCGGAACCACCCUAGGGAGGAUGAUGAUACUACUAAUAUACCAUCCCGGCCACCACAUAUGCCUUAUCGGAAUAAGAGUAGACCACCACCAGCUUCAGUGGUAGAAAAGCAGAGGGAGGGACGUGAGUACACUAGAGAUACAACCGGCCCAAGUCGUGAGGAGAGGGCUCAAAUUCAAUCUUUUCUCUUACCCCAAUGGAAAUGGUAUGUGGAUUAUGGAUCUUCUGGUAAUCGCGUGUGGAUUGCAUGGAAUGAUAGUUUUAUUGAUGUUGCUGUGGUUGAAUGUGGAACACAAUUUAUACAUUGUCUUGUUACUAUCCGUGCAAUACAUGAGUCAAUUGUUGUUACUGUCGUUUAUGGAGCUAUUAAGGUGGUUGAUAGGAGAGAAUUAUGGAAUGCCCUGGAAAAUUUAGCUAUACAGUGUGCUGAUAUCCCAUGGUUGAUUGGAGGGGACUUUAAUGCAGUUCGCGACCUCAGCGAAGUAUGUGGCACAUCAGGGGAUAUCCGAACAGCUAUGGAAGACUUUAAUGCAGCCAUUCAGAAUACAGGACUACUACCACUACCCAUGCAGGGAGAGUGGUACACAUGGCACAACCACAGUGCGACACCACGGAACCUCUGGAAAAGAUUGGACCGCAUGUUGAUAAAUGAUAGAUGGAUGGCACGGUUCCCUAACACAUUCUACUCGGUCCUUACACCACGCACUUCAGACCACUCACCGAUGGUAUUAUAUGGGGACCGACAGCAGCAAUAUGGAGGUAUGUUCCGAUUUGAUAACUACCUCGCUCGUUCACCUGAGUUUAUUCCUAGUGUGCAGAAUAUAUGGCAACAUAAUAUUAUUGGGACGCCUGUGUAUGCUGUGACACGCAAACUCAAAGCAUUGAAACCAAUCUUCCAAGAGCAAAGGCGGAAUAAAAGGGACCUAUCGCACAAUGUCCAAAUGGCGAAAGGGUUUCUUGAAGCAGCACAACUACUAGUAAGCUCAAGCAGGCGAGAUGAGCUAUAG